AUGAAGAAGGAGCAAGAGAAAGGAUGGACAAAGAAGGAGAAAAAAGCGGGAUCAAGGAGGAGGAAGAGGGCGAGCACUGAGCUGCAGGCAGAGACCAGGGAGAAGAAACUCCCCUGGCAGAACAUUGCAGAAGAGGACAUUUUGAGUGCCUCCACUGUGCAGGAAUCCAACAGGGAGGAAACACCCCAGAGAUAUCCCAUGAGGAAGGGCUCCAAACCCAGCCCAGGGUGCUCCAAGGAGGAAAGACCCACCCUGUGCCAGGAAGGCAGCCAGAGCUUCAGCCAGAACUCGGACCUAGUGGUCUACAAGCAGCAUCAUAUUGACGAGAAGCACUACAGGAAGGACUUCAGUGACGGCUCCAACCUCAUCAUCCACCGGAGCCUGCACACUGGGGAGCAGUCCUACAAGUGCGAGGAACAUAGGAAGAGCUUCAGCUGGAGUUCCAACCUCCUCUCCCACCAGCUUGUCCACACUGGGGAGUGGCCCUACCAGUGCCCCACCUGCAGAAAGACAUUCAGCUUCAGAUCCCACCUGAUCUACUACCAGAAGAUCCACAGUGAGGAACGGCCCUACAAGUAUCCUGAGUGUGGGAAGAGUUUUCGGAGGUACUUCCAUCUGGCACUGACAGAGACUAGGGAGGACAAAUCCCUGCAUCAGAACCUCAUGGAAGAGGCCAUUUUGAGUGACUCCAUGGCACAAGAAUACAAUGGGGAGGAGAAGCUACAGUGGUAUCCCAUGAGAAGGGUCUCCAAACACAGCCCACAGUGGAGCUCCAAGGAGGAAAGACCUAUCCUGUGUCAGGAAGGUGGCCAAAGCUUCAUCCAGAGAUAUGGCCUGGUGGUCCUUGAGUGGUUUCACAUUGGGGAGAUGUGCUACAGGUCCUUGGAAUGUGGCAAGAGCUUCAGAUGGAGCUGCUACCUGAUCUGGCACCAGAAGAUCCACAUGGAGGAACGGCCUUAG